AUGUCAAAUAUUCAAGUGAUAGUUAGAUGUCGAGGACGAAAUUCUCAAGAAAUAACAGCAAAAUCCCCUAUAGUUGUGGAAUUAUCCAAUGAUAACUUUUCAAUAACUGAACCAUACAUUACUUUAAAUCAACCUGUUCGUGCUACAUCCCCAUCUUUAGAAAAUGGACAGAAGAGAACUUAUAAAUUUGAUCAAAUAUAUGGAUCACAAGCUGAUCAAUCUUUGAUAUAUUCUCAAAUUGGCCACCCUUUACUAUCGGAUUUUUUACAAGGCAUCAAUGUCACAAUAUUAGCCUAUGGCCAAACUGGGACUGGUAAAACCUAUACUAUGAGUGGAUUGGAUAAUAAUAAUGUUCUUGAUGAAAAUUCAGAUAUUGCAGGAAUAAUACCUAGGUUGUUAUUUGAACUAUUUGAGAAAUUGAAUAAACUUGAACAUGAAAAUAAACAAGACUAUAUGGUUAAAAUAUCAUAUUUGGAAAUAUAUAAUGAAGAAUUGAUUGAUUUGUUGAGUAAUGGAAAUGGGAAUAAUAGGAAGCUUAGAAUUCAUGAAAAGACAAUAGGUAAAAGUAAAUCCAUUGGAAUCCAGAAUCUAACAGAAUUUUGUAUUAGUGAUUACAAUCAAGGUAUUAAAUAUUUGAAAAUGGGUUUACAGAAAAAGAAAACUAGUAGUACUAAUUUAAACGAUUCUUCAUCUCGAUCACAUACUAUAUUUUCAGUACAAUUAUUCCAGAAAAUCCCUUCAGAUGAUGAUUCAUUAUACAGAAUUUCCAAAAUGAACCUUGUGGAUUUAGCAGGAUCAGAAAAUAUUAGUAGAUCAGGGUCAAUAGUUAAAGAAGCUGGUGGGAUAAAUCAAUCUUUGCUUACGUUGGGUCGUGUGAUAAAUUCAUUGAAUGAAAAGAAAUUGCUGCAUAUACCUUAUAGAGAAUCUAAAUUAACUCAUAUAUUACAGGAUUCCUUGGGCGGGAAUACAAAGACAACUUUAAUUGCUACUAUAUCUCCUGCUCAAGUCAAUUUCCUGGAAACUUGUUCAACAUUAGAUUAUGCUAGUAAAGCCAAGAAUGUUAAGAAUACACCACGGGUUGGUCAUGAUUCAGAAGUAAUAUUGAAGAAGACAUUGGUGAAGAAUUUGGCUCAGGAAUUGACUCAAAUGAAUAUGGACUUGAUUGCUACAAGAAACAAAAAUGGUAUUUAUUUGGAUGCUGAAAAUUAUGAUAAACUUAUUCAAGAAAAUAAUGCUUUGAAAACUCAAGAAAGGGAAGAUAAAUUAAAAAUCGAACUGUUAAAGGCCAAAGUUGCAACCCUAGAGUUUACCAAAUUAGAAAACAAAGAGGAAAUUGAUCUGUUGAAACAAGAAAUUCUGGGUUAUAAGACAAAAUUGAAUACCAUUGAAAAAAAGUAUCGCCAAGCUGUGAACACUAAUAAUGACAAUCAAGCAACCAUAUCUGCUUUGAAUGAGAAAUUGAAAAGAGCAUUUGAAAAAUCAUCCAGUUCUGCCAAUAUGUUGGUUAAUUUAUUAUCCAAUCAUUUGAAGUCAUCUAUUGGAUAUCUUGGUGAUAUCAAGAAACUACAGACAGAUAAUGACUCAGUAGAUGAAUUGACUAAUUUUGAAUCUGAACUUGGUAAACAAUUACAUGAUUAUCAGACACAAAUAGAUGUACAAGUUAAAGAGUAUCAGAAGAAUGUUGGCGAAGUGAUGAAUCAGGAUUUAACAAAUUAUAUUACUACUUUUAAACAAAAUUUCGAUAAUCUAUUAACAUUCCAACAAGAUUUUUAUACUAGAACUCAAGAGGUUAUUCAAGAUUUUGGUAUUGUUAAUGAAAAAUUAUCAGGUUUUUUGAAAGAUGAUUAUUUGGCCAAUCUUGGAACAACUUUAAACUCCCGUCUUGGUAGUUUACUUGUUAAUAAUUUCUCACCAUUAGUUGAAAAUUUUAAAAACUUAAUGAUGAACGAAAUUGAAGGAACAAUAGAUACAGUUAUGAAAGAUUAUCGUGAAAUAUCAAAUGAAGAAAUUUCAAAAGAAAGAGCCAAUGCAUUAAAAAUGGAAAAUACAUGGAAUGAUCAAAUAAAAACAAUAUUACCUAAAUUAGAAAAAGAAUUAGAAUCUAAUACUCGAAUUCAUCAAGACUGUAAAACUAAGUUACAAAGCAUAUCUACAAGUGAUGAAAUUUUCAAGAGAAUGAACCAAUUAAAAGACCAUAAAAUCAAAUUAUCAAAUCAUCCAAAUUUUAGCAAAUUGUCAAAAAUAACAACUAAUAUUAAACAAAAUAAUGAAAUGAUUGAAACUAAUUUGGAUAAGAUAGAUAAAGAAUUGAAUGAAAUCCAACAGUUUGAUGCUAAUACAGUUAAAAUAUCACCAAUUAAAGAUACUUCUAAUAUUUCACAAUUUAAUAAACCUUCAUUAUCUCCUUCAAGAGCAGUGAGAGUACAUAGAAGUGCUGGUACUUCACCAACUAGAAUUCCUAGUUUACAAAGACUGAAAUCAGAAACAGAAUAUCUGCUGAGUGCUAAGCGGAGAAAAAUUUUACAUACUUUAGAUAAUGUUUCCAAUUAG